AUGGAGACUGAGGAGGGAAAAGAGCAGGAGCCAGCCACACAAGUCCCUGAUUCUGAAGCUCCUGAUGAUGACCAGAAGGAUGAGAAGGAUAAAUAUGAUGUGCCAGAGCAUGAAACUGCUUCAGCUGAAGUGGAAGAGAAGCAGGAUAUAAAAGAAACCACAAAGCCAGAAGAAAGAAUACUCUCAGAUGACUUUUUCUAUGACUAUGAGGAACUAUGCUCAAAGCCAUUCAUUUCACCAGAAACACCGAUACCAAACAAUCUGCUUACCUUUCUCCAUUCUUUUGGCUAUGACAGUACUCGGCGAGUAAACUUACAACUCAUUGGUGGAGAAACUGUCAUGUUUGUGGCUGGCAAUCUGGUGAUUUUCUUGGAUAUUAAGACCAAGGAGCAAAAAUAUAUUCGAAGCAGCAGUGGAGGAGGCAUUGGCAUUCUGAUGGUUCAUCCUAGUGGAAAUUAUUUUGCUCUAGGUGAAAAGGGCACCAAGCCCAAUAUCAUUAUCUAUGAAUAUCCUUCCCUGAAGCCAUACAGAAUCCUGCAAGGAGGAACUGAGAGAGCCUAUGGUUUUGUUGACUUUAACUCGUCGGGUAACCUGCUAGUCAGCGUAGGGGAGAACCCAGAUUACAUGGCCACCAUUUGGAAUUGGAAACAGGAAAAAAUAGUGCUACGCUCAAAAGCCUUUUCACAGGAUGUUUAUCGGAUUACCUUCUCUCUAGAAAAUGAAGAACAACUGACCUCCUCAGGAGCAGGACACAUCAAAUUUUGGAAGAUGGUGGAGACCUUCACUGGGCUGAAACUGCAAGGUCAACUUGGGAGGUUUGGCAAAACUGCUCUGACGGACAUUGUGGGUUAUGUUGAGUUGCCAGAUGGAAAGGUGAUAUCUGGCUCUGAAUGGGGCAAUAUGCUGUUGUGGGAUGGUGGCCUUAUCAAGGUGGAGCUGCGCAGGAAGCAUGGCAAGCCUUGUCACCAAGGAUCCAUCAAUCAGUUUGUGCUGGAUGAAGGAGAACUUAUCACAAUUGGAAGUGAUGGGUGUGUGCGGGUCUGGGACUUUGAAACUAUUGACACAGCGGAGCCUUAUGAUGAGGAUUCUGUGGUUGAGAUGGAACCAAUGAAUGAACUGUUUGUUGGAAGAAAUGUUAAUCUUCAGUCCAUGGUGAAAUUCAAAGGUUCAAACCUUAUUUGGUGUGCUCAGGAUUCCAGUGGUAGAAUCUGGAAACUUGACCUCUCAUUUUCGAACAUUACGCAAGAUCCCGAAUGUCUGUUUUCUUUCCACGCUGGGGUAAUCCAGGCUAUGGACUUAUCACCACUUACCUAUUUGAUGGCAACAACAGCACUAGACCACACAGUGCGCAUCUAUGACUUUGUGAGAAAUGAAGAAUUGGUAACUGUGAGGUACAGGCAAGGUGGAACUGCGUUAACUUGGGCACCACUUGUGCGCUACUCUAGAGGAAACAUGAUAGUUGUAGGGUUUGAUGAUGGUGUUAUCCGUAUCUUGGAAGUAUACAACCCUCAAGAUUUAGCUCGUGUUGCUGGGCGAAUGCAAGUUGGUGAGGCUGAACUUCGACUAAAACAGGCCCUGAAGCCACAUACAGCAGAAGUCACUGCGAUUGCAUAUGAUCGGAAUGGAGAAAUGCUUGCAACUGGUAGCAAAGACAACACAGUGUUUUUUUUCCAAUCCGGGGAUCAGUAUGUGCCAGUGGGAUUCAUCAACGUACCAGGACCAGUUGUGAGCUUGCAGUGGUCCCCACCUUCACAUGAGAAAAAUAUGUUGCUUAUAUUUUGUGAAAAUGGGUAUGUGGUUCAAGUGGCAUGUCCAGAACCUGAGGAAUUUGACACAACUUUAACUUUUGAGAUUCCCCUUCGAAAACAGUACUUCCGUUUCAAGAGCAUCAGGUCCAGCAUAGAGAGAAACAAUGAGAUUAAUUGGAGAAAGCAAGUAAAGGAGCAAAAAGAAAAAGAAAAGCAAGAGCGGCUCAAAAAAAAGAAGGAAAUGGAAGCAGAAAAUCCAGAAUUGGCCACUGAGGAAGAGGAAGAAGAAGAAGAAGAAGAAGAGGAGGAGCCAGAGGAGGAACUCCCAAUGAUCUACAUCCCCCCUCAACCUAGUCCCAUAUUGUGUGGUUUCUAUUCAAAGCCAAACACUUUCUGGUUGUCUGUGGGUGAUUAUGAUUGUGGCUACCUCUACCAUUGUAAGUUCGCAGAUGAUCGGAGAAUUAGCGAGGACAGCUCCAGGAGUGAGAAAGAGCCAUUUGCUUUCAUAGCCAUUGAAGAUGCAACUGAAAACCCAAUCAGAGAAAUGAUAUUCAAUUCAGAAAAGGACCUCCUAUUUUGUGGCAUGGAAGAUGGAGCUGUGCGAGUAUAUCCUCUUAAACCAAAUGACUAUGAACUGAAAUCCAUGCAAGGAUUCUGGAGUCUCAAUGUACAUGACAACGAUUAUGGUCACAUCAAUCAAAUCUGUAUCAGUCACGACGAACAGUUUCUGCUCACAUGUGGGGCUGACAGCAACGUAUUUGCCUUUGGUAUUCUUCCUCAAGAGGAACUUGGUGAACUAAUGAGAGGAAAGCGAGCCGUUGUGCCAAUUCCUAGGAUUGGUUUUGCACGUGAUAAAAUAGCAAAUGAUAUUGAUGACCCAAAUGCCUACAGUCUUGAAAAUGCCAAACAGAAGGCAGAGCUGGAUCUAAUAUUGAAGCUGGCAGAGGAGAAGAAGGCUAAGAAAAGGAUGGAGCUAGAGAAGCUGCAAAAUGAGUUUAAGGAACUUCAAAUUAAAAAUGCAGAACUCCCUGAACAUGUCCAGCUCAAGAAAGAGGAUUUUGAAAUUGAUAAAAGGAUUCAAGAUCAGAUUGACAAACAAAUAACUGAUCGGAUUGAUAUGGUUUACAAAGAAAUGGCAUGGGAACAAGAAAAGUAUCAAAUUGGCCUCCAAAAACUUCAAGCCAGGUUUCGAGAUGCAGUAGAGCAUGACACAGUUAUUGUGCACUGUUUUGAAAGUGAUCAUAAGGUGUCAACCUACCGAGUAACAUCGUUCUCUGAAAAGUAUCAUCAAAUGAAGGCCGACAUGCUGCGGAGGAGCCAGUUACAGGUGGAGCAGAAAAGCAAAGAUAAUCUUUUUAAGGAAAGCAAAGGAGCAGGCAUGGAGAAGACUGCAGAUCAGGACAUGGAAGUUGAUUUGUUGGGGGGGUCACGACAAUCGCAAGCAAAGGUGAAUAUUGGAUUACGACAUGCUGAAAGACUGCAGAAUAUGAUCAACAAAACAGAUAAAGCAAAAGCCAAAAUUGAGCAGAGGAAAAAAGAAUGGACAGAACUUUACUUGAGCCAGCCUGAUGAUAACUACGAAGAUCCAAAUGACAUUGCAGCAAUCAAAGAUGCUCAGGAGCACAUGGGAGAUUUCAAGUUAAAAACAGCUCCCGACUACACUGUACCAGAGCAUCUGCGUAUUAAUGCAGAGAAAAAAAGGAACCAGCUUAUUCGCCUUGAGGAGCUGAUCCAUGAACUCAAAACUGAAAUGAGCAAGAAGGUAGUCAACCUUCGUAACACAAAGCUGGAUGUUAUUGAGCAAAUCACCAAUCUAUGUAAGGAGCUGGCGUUAAUACAGACCAAGCUUGAGCCUUCACAACACCUUCCUAUUCCUGUGGUCCCAAGUAUGUAUCCUGAUGAAAUGCCUGAGAAGAAGUUCCAGUACAACCAAGAAAAGCUUUUGGAAUUCAGGGAUGAGAAUUUUCCUGGUAAAAAACACAAGAAACAAUCCGACCAGGUCAGUGAGAUCGAAAAAUUAUCUGGAACUGCCAUUGCAACACUAGAUAGCUCGAAUUAUCAACUGGAAGGAGAUACUGAAAAACCACAAAUGUAUGAAAUGGCACCACUGUCAAAGCUGGAGGAAGAAAUCAAAACGAUUGAAGAGACAAAAUAUUUAUACAUGCAAACAGAGAUACUGAGGAAGAUCAGUGAAUUAAUAAAGAAUUUUGAUGCAGAGCUGCGGGUUCUUUGCCACCAGAAAUAUAGGCUGGAUAUUGCUUUAAAGAUGGCUGACCUACGGCAUGUUACACUGUUUGAAGAGGUCCUUCUCUUGAAAGAAUUUGAAAAGAGUGAGGACAUGCUGCAGAAUCGUGUUGACCAACGUAUCGCUGAACGGGUGGAAAUGCAAGUGAAAUCAGAGGAAUGUUUUCAGCAACAAGAGGCCAAAAAGCGUGACAUUGUUAAACUACAAGAGAAGGAGAAGGCUCUUUAUGCAACCUUCCAGGUGUCUCUGGGUGAAAACAACAAACAUGCUGAUUUUCUCACAAAAGUCUUCAAGAAGAAAAUCAAACGAAGAAGAAAGAGUGAAGCAAAAGUUUCUGCAGGGUCAGAUGAAGAGAGCGAAGAAGAAUCAGAUGAAGAAUUUGGCUAUAGUGAUGAAGAGGAUGAAUCGGAUUCCGAUGAUGGUGGAGUGGAUGACUCUGCUUGCCCAGAUACUUGUGACCCAGCAUUAUUUGAUAACACCCUUCAACUUCGAGAAAAGCGACUGGAUAUUGAAGAGGCCUUAGCUGAAGAGAAAAAAACACUGGAAUUAAUAAAGAAGGAAUAUGAAAUGAUUGCUAAAAAGGUAAAGGUUAUUGAUGGGACAGUUAAAUCGGCAAAACAUGACCUGGAGGUUUUGCAACGAGAAAAACAACAGAAAUUGAAUGAGCUGUACGUGGUUGUUCCUCUGAAACUGCACCAGAUAGAGUACAUUGUCAAUGGAGACAUGCCAAAUGAUUUAGAAUCUGGGCUGGUCUUCACCAAUAUGGCUUUAACAUCACUGCAAAGGCGGAUCAAAGAACUGCACGUGGAGAGGACUGAGCAGCGGGAGCUGUAUAAGCAAGCCCGGCAGAAACAUGUCCAGCUUCUCCAAGACAAAGCAGAGAUGGAAGCUAAAAUAGCAGAGUUGGAAGAAAAGUGCUACCAAGAAAUGGUUCGGAAGUUUGGUUGUGUCGUUGAUCUGGAAGCAUUGCAAACUCUCUCCGUGAACAUGACCUUGGAAGAACUGAAAGAGAAGAUUAAUGUCAAUAACACUAAAUUUCACAGAAAGAUAAAACAAAGGGAGGAUAGAAGAGCAGAGCUGCAAGCUGAGCUUAUACAUUAUACCAGACAGUAUACGUGCAGACUGGAUCAGUUGAAUAUGAUGCUGACGGAAAAGGAGAAGAUUGAAACACAGUUAAAUAGCCAUCAGAAGAAAAUGGGAGCAGAAAUUCAGAAGCAGAAAGUUGAAUUGUCAGAGAAACAGGAGCUGAUUCAGCAGGUGGAGAAACAAGCACAAGAAAUUAAUGACUUGAAAGAAGAAAUAAGUCUGCUAAUGCGAAAAGGAGGUCACAUUCUUCCCCCCACCCAACCACCUUUAACACAGUGAACUCUGCACCAUCAUUUAGUAACAUAACUUCCUGUCUUUUAGCUGUAGGAUUUUUUUUGAUUCAAAUAGAUAUUUUAGUCUGGCCUCAAAUGGAUGCAAUAUUCAUUCUGCACCAGAAUUAAAAGAUGGGUAUUUCUUCCCAAACCUUUCUACUUUCAGACACAAUUGCCCUUCAAGAGAAGCAUACCUGGCUGCUUCAAUUGUAUUGGUUACAAACAGUCCAAGUGAAAGAGAGAUAGUCGGAGCAUUCUGAGAGAGAGAAAUGUGGAAAACAGUAGCACUUUA